UGGAGGGUGUAUUCGUCAUUUCAUAUAUAUACGACGGAACCUCUCAGGGGAAAACCGCCGUUGGGAUCAGGUAACCGCUGUUGGCUGUUUGUGGGUUUCGUGUUCUCCGAACCGCCCUGUUAUUGGUCUACGGUGACUUUUGUCCUUGUCCGAGAAACCGGCUAGGAGCCGGUAACCUUACCCCCUACCAUACCCCCUUAUCUAGUAGUGGUUUCCCUGAAGUCUUAGAAGCUUUCGGUCAGAAGAGGAGGAACAGACCUGGGAGACAUCCAGAGGGGCGGAAGGAGGAAGAAAAGGGUAGAUUUUUGAUAGCUUUGUUGCAGAGAGAUUUCAGAUGGGAAGUCAUAGAAGCUUGUUUCUCCAUUAAUGGGCUGUUCUGAUCCGCUGGAAUUGGAGGUGAGGAAAUAACAAAAGGUUGGAUUUUUGGAGAGCUUCAUGGGAGAUAAAGGGAGUUCAAAAGAGGGGCAGCAGCAAGAGCACCAGAGCUCCUUUGGGAUGAUUCAUUCCUCCUCCAGCAGCUCCACCAUGCAUGGAAAUUUCAUCAUGGGUAAGGAUGUUGCACCGUAUGACUUCGGAGAGUUGGAUCAGGCCUUGUUUCUGUAUCUAGAUGGGCAAGAUCACUCAUCAGUUCAAGAACAACGACAGACUCUCAACAUUUUCCCUUCUCAGCCCAUGCACGUAGUGUCAACUUCGAAGGGUGAAGCGAGCUUGAUGUCUCCAACAAGCAGUUCAUCUAAGAAAUCAUCCGAGCAGUCAAUGGAGCUACCGGACCCAAGAAGUGAUCUUGCUGCUCGACCUGAACCACAACAGAAUAUCAAGGCAGUAGUGAAGAGGGAAAGGAAUGGGAAGGGCCCAAGCUCAGAGCAAGAAGGGCCCAAAACACCAGAUGCAAGGACAUUGAGAAGGCUUGCUCAGAAUAGAGAGGCGGCCAGGAAAAGCAGGCUCCGGAAGAAGGCCUAUGUUCAACAACUAGAGUCCAGUAAAAUCAGGCUAACUCAGCUGGAACAAGAGCUACAGAGGGCAAGAGUUCAGGGUUUACUCAUCGGCAGCGGAGGCGUCAUCGGUGAUCAAAGCCUCGCCGGCAGCACUAGCGGGCUCAAAACAGAUGCUGCGAUGUUUGACAUGGAGUAUGGGAGGUGGCUCGAGGAUCACCACCGGCUGAUGUGCGAGCUGAGGGCUGCAGUGCAGGAGCAUUUGCCAGAAAACGAGCUGCGGAUGCUUGUGGACAAGUGUCUGGGGCACUACGACGCAGUGGUGAACCUCAAGAGCGUUAUGGCCAGGUCUGAUGUCUUCCAUCUCAUCUCUGGCAUAUGGAUGACCCCCGCAGAGCGCUGCUUCAUGUGGAUUGGUGGCUUUCGCCCCUCUGAGCUCAUCAAGAUUGUUCUAAAACACAUAGAGCCACUUACGGAGCAGCAGAUACUAGGAGUGUGCAGCCUGCAACAAUCUGUUCAUGAGACGGAGGAAGCCUUGAGCCAAGGUCUUGAAGCUCUUUUUCGAUCCCUUUCAGACACCGUCGUCUCUGAUGCGUUGAGCUCUCCAUCCAACAUGGGCAACUACAUAGGCCAGAUGGUCGUAGCCAUGAACAAGCUCUCAGCUCUUGAAGCUUUUGUUAGACAGGCAGAUAAUCUGAGGCAGCAGACAGUCCACAGGCUUCACCUGAUUCUAAGCACCCUUCAGGCCGCCCGGUGCUUCUUGGCGAUGGCCGAGCAUUUCCACCGCCUCCGUGCCCUCAGCUCGCUAUGGCUGACUCGGCCAAGGCAGGAGUGAGAUUAGACGCUCUAGAGAUAUACAUGUAGGAGAAAUGGCCAGGUUACUCAAUUAGGAAAAAUGGAACCAGUAGAGAAAAACAAAAAACUUAUAGGUCAGUUCCACAUUCUUACCUUUUUCUUUCAAUCUGAAUGGGUUUAUAGAAAUGUAAUCUUUUGUAGAAGUGCAAGAUGGCAUCCGCACAGAUGGAUACGUUGCAUUGGAGUCUGGGGCAGGGUCUCCCAUCCUCUUCUUCUAUUUCUUAGCUUUCCUUAAUUUGUAUGGGAGGAAAAUGAACUUGUGCUGAAGGGAUCGGGUUCUCUGAGUGGCCUUUCUGACUGUAUAUGGACAAGUCAAAUUAAAGUUGGAGACAAAGAAGGCUAAGAUCUUGGGAGGAGGAGGAGGAGGAGGACGGAGUUCUCUUUCUUUUCUUUUCUUUUUUUCUUUUUAACUUUUUUCCAUAAUUUCCUAGGGUCAGGUAUGCGGGUGCCUUUGCCUUGGAGACUUGGUAGUAGAAUGACAUGGGAGGGUAGCCCUCCGUGUGUCUUAUAGCGCACAGCAUGCUUCUGGAACAUCUGGUAGUGGUGGUGGCAAAGAUGGGGACUGAUUUGUACUGAACUUCGGAUGAUGAUGAUAUGAUGUGAAUGUAGCAUGUCCUUUUCUUUUACUUU